AUGGGUGAUAAGAAUGGACCUUGCUGGUUGCAUGGUGUCUGCAACGAGAAUCCAUUGGCAUCUUGGAUUGGAAGACUUGGCCUACCAAUUUAUCGAACUUCUGGUGACAAUUCUUUCUUGUAUGAUCAUGACUUGGAGAGCUACGCACUCUUUGAUGGUGAUGGACAUCAAGUGCCUCAAGAUCUAGUGGAAAAAGUUGGUAAGGUGUUUGAAACCAUUCUGGAAGAGGCUAACAAACUCAGGUAUGAAACAAAUGAAGACAUGUCUAUAGCACAGGCUAUUAAGCUAGUCAUGGAGAGGCAUUCAAUAUGAUGCAUUAUUAAUGAAUUAAGUCUACUUUAUGAGAUUUCAGAUUUUUUUAUUAUUCAUAGGCAUUUAGUUUAGAUCAAGUGACAUUUCUUUAUCUUCUUCUUACAGGUGGAGUUUGAAGGAUUAGGAGAAUUAAGAAGCAAGGAU